CGAGAGUGUCUCGCUUGAAGCUUCUGAGUUCAGUCAUUGAUUUAAUCAUCGAAAUCAAGAGACAUCUAUACUCAUUAAACGAUUCUCGGCGCAUACUUUCGCAGUAUUAUCCUAUCUCUGCGCCUCUUCGCGACAGUUACAGAAACAAGCAACGAAAGCAUCCCCUAAUCUAUGUAGUACAGUCACGAUAGUAGAUCGCAACCACAAACAUUGCUCACCCAAUACUAAGACGAAGCCAACCGCAACCAUGUCCGGUCCUGGUCGAAGCACCACUCCUAGUCGGGUGACCUCUUCUCUCCCCAUCAGCUCCGUAAUCUUCUACGGCCUGGGCGCCGGUCUCGUUGGCGUCACCAUGAUGACUCUUGCCGAAAAGUCCGAACAACUCUUGACCUCUCGUCCCAACUCAUACGUGCCCGCGCGCACCCUCGAGCGGCUCAUCUCCGUGCGCGCCUCGACCGACACGCAGCUCUGGGGACUCAACAUGGCGAUGCACUACGGACAAGGAGCAGCGGCGGGCGUAAUUCGGGCGCUGAUGAGCUGGAACGGGAUCCGAGGCCCGUUUGCCGACCUGAUCUUUGUCGGGGUCCGCUUACUGAUUGACCAGACGCUGGAGAACUGGACGGGUGUGGGCGCGCCGCCGUGGACGUGGCCGGUCGACGAGCAAAUACUUGAUAUUCUGCACAAGACGGUGUUUGCGGUGACGACCGGGUGGGCGGUUGAUCGGUGGUUGGUUACAUGAGGAGGGGGUUGGAGGGGAAAAGAGGUAUGUUCUCAAUGAAGUGGGAUACGGGAGUUUGGUAUGGCUUUGAUUAUUGAUGAAUGAAUGCGGAAUUCAAGAAGAAUCAUAAUAACAGCUCAUCGUACUAAUGGCAAUGCCUGGCUAGAACGUGAGAAGGAACGCGAAAUUGAACAACA